UUUCGGAGAGGUAACAGUAGCUACAGGUGCACGGGGAUUUCAUUUUAGCACGUGUACAUCCACGUGGUGCUAGCCCUGGGCUACAGGUGUAUUUCCAUUUGGUCAACUCUACUUACUAGUUGUACACACCUAACAUUCUACUUACAUCCUACCUAACUCACGGGAAAGUUUUAUUGGUGGAUUGCCGUACGACGCACCAAUCCGAUUACGGUCUGGGCGUGGAGAUGUUCUCUUACUGGAUCACGUGAUGUAAUGACGGCUGGUGUAAGAUUGACAGAAUUUGACGACGUUUCGACGCAUCGUAGUUAUGUUCCAGUUGGAUUUUAACUAUGGGAUGAUCUUUUGACGUAUCCGUUGAGUCAGUAUGGGGUCAGAGAAUGGUGAUCUGGUUAUGACCCGGUGUAGUUUGAACUUUACUAUUCAAAAUUGGGAUAAUUUUAAGUGUUUUUACGUCCUAUACAUACGAAAAGUGUGAAUCGAGGAAGUCAAAUCGUUUUUCCGAGUAUGAAAGAAAAGUCUAAGAACGCAGCCAGGUCGAGACGAGAGAAAGAGAACGCGGAAUUUUUGGAAUUAGCAAAGCUUUUACCUCUGCCGGCAGCCAUUACGAGUCAAUUAGAUAAAGCUUCCAUUAUUAGACUUACUACUUCCUAUCUGAAAAUGCGAGCCGUCUUUCCCGAUGGCCUAGGCGACGGUUGGGGAUCGACGCCACCUCCUCCAAAUCCCAGAGAAGGUACCAUCAAGGAGUUAGGAUCACACCUGCUACAGACGUUGGACGGUUUUGUGUUCGUGGUGGCACCGGAUGGGAAGAUCAUGUAUAUUUCCGAAACGGCCUCGGUGCACCUUGGCCUCUCGCAAGUAGAAUUGACAGGCAACAGCAUCUACGAGUACAUCCAUCCUGCAGAUCACGACGAAAUGACAGCGGUGCUUACUCUACAGCCACCUUUACCGCACGCUCACGUGGCACAAGAUUUCGAAAUGGAAAGAUCGUUUUUCUUGAGGAUGAAAUGCGUCUUGGCCAAGAGAAACGCGGGCUUGACUUCUGGUGGUUAUAAGGUCAUACACUGCAGUGGAUAUCUGAAGGUAAAGCAUUACUCGAUGGAUGUGGCACCUUACGAUGGCUGCUAUCAAAAUUUGGGUUUAGUUGCAGUAGGUCAUUCUCUUCCUCCAAGUGCAAUCACCGAAAUUAAAAUGUACAAUAAUAUGUUUAUGUUUCGCGCCAGUCUCGAUCUCAAAUUAAUCUUCUUGGAUGCAAGAGUAGCACAACUAACAGGCUACGAACCGCAGGACUUAAUUGAAAAAACGCUAUAUCAUUACAUACACGGCUGUGAUAGUCUGCACAUGAGGUAUUCUCAUCACACCUUAUUAUUGAAAGGCCAAGUGACCACUAAAUAUUACCGAUUUCUAUCUAAAGACGGAGGUUGGGUUUGGAUGCAGAGUUACGCCACCAUCGUACAUAACAGUAGGUCGUCUCGACCGCAUUGUAUUGUCAGUGUUAACUACGUGCUCAGUGAACUAGAAGCUAAAGCGCUGCAAUUGCAAAUGGAGCAGCUGGAAAGCAGAACAGAACAUAUAUUCCCUUCUGAGACAUGUAGCCAGUCGCAGACGGGAAAAGUCAGGACCAACAGAAGUAAACCGAGAAGAUCGCCAUAUCCAUGUGUGGAAUCAACAGAGCAUAGUUCGGAUCAGAUUUUUGACGCUUCGCUGUACGACACGAACUCUCUACCGAUACACUUGAAUUCUUUCGGCAGCGUCCCCUAUCAAGACGAAAGGUGUUUUCCCAUCAAUGCCAAACAAUCGUAUCCUGUAUCCAUGGGUCUUUUUACAGAUGGGGGUUACAUCUACUGCAAUCAACAACGGUUAGCACCGUACGAGGAGCGAAUCGGUUACUGCGAUCCUGAAGAACGGUACAUUACUCGCACUGACAUGGCAAAUUUUCCAGGUUAUUCUAACAGUUCGACUACCCCCGAAAUGGACGAGCUGAAUCCCCAUUUAUCCUACCGUGCUCCCACGUCAGAGACAUGUGUUUACAGUAGUACCAUCCGCAAUGCCACCAGUGACAUCCUACAGAAAUCCCACAAUUUGUAUCAAACGGGACCAUUCAGCAACCAGUCGGAUUCUACUCUAUCCGAGUCAGAUUUGGAAAGCUACCACGGGAUGCAACCCCAAAGGUCCCCGUGCGACAGCCGAAGCGACAGUGUCAUCGACACUUCAUCGCCGGUAGCAAAGUCCAACUCUUCGACUCCCAGUAUACCGAUUAGAGGUAGAGAGGAUCCCAAACCGGACCAACUGUGUUACACCACCAGUGCCUUACAAGUAACUACCCCAGCUACAACUUAUAAGAGCGUCAUCAUACAGAACUCUCAAAAUAACAGAAGUCCUUUAUAUCGUGGUGCUGUAUUCAAAGAGUGUGACGGCAAGCAAUUGUCCACCGACUUAUACAGUAAUCCGGAAUAUUUUAACAAUCAAAGACCUUAUACGGUAGCCAAUUUGGACGAUAAGUACUUGAUGCUUCAGGAAUGUGAAAGGACAUCUCUGGAUUCUUACGAUACCGAGAACGAUAAAUUGACCACCCUACAGUCCAAUUUACCUUGUAACGGUUUGGAAUUCGCUAGGAAUCCGACAUUACAGCAACCCGGUUACACUAGCGUUAUUGUAGAUGCACAGCAGUACCAAAUCACGAACGGUUUCGUUCACUAGGAACCGAGAGGCUAUGAGCCUUCUCCUGUACAGUCUCUUUUUGUAUAUUGCUGUGGACUGCCAAGCUGGACUCGGGGUCAUUAAUUCAUAAUUUAUUGGGAGGAAAAGCAUCUUCGUCUAUGAAGGAUCUAAAAUUUUUCCUUAUAUAUUUUUUCCUUUCUUUUUUCUAGUCUGGCGGUUUAGAUUGUAAUCAGACCCUAGUCCGGCGAGGAUAGGUCUAUUUAGAAAUGAAUGUAUGCGGAGGGUGUUGAUAUUAAAAAACAGAGAAAGUUUUCAUGCAGUUUGUAGCUUCUACCUAUCUCUUCAUUUCUCAAUAUAAAUUAUAUGUUCCUAAAGACACAUACUCUCUUGUCAUUAACAAAUAGAUUUCUUUUAUAUUCUAAAACACGAUAAAAUUCACCUGCGAAGUUGACAAAAUGUUUAUAUCAAUAUUCUAUGGGGUUUACCUCGUGAUAAAUUCUGUUAGCACUAGUGUAACGGGGCAGACAUCGAGAAUAAGGUUGACAGGAAAAAGGAUACCCUUAGCAAUGGUGCA